AAGUCCCAGGUAGAGUAUAAACUUUACAUGAGGCUCAUCAACACACCACUGACCAGCCGUAUCACCUCUUACUGUACUACAAACAGCCUUCUCUCCUCUGUGAAAGAUGUCCAGCUCUGUAACAACCACCACUAACGGGGUGGUGGUCAUCACCCAUGUACACCCCACUGGCAACGGGAUGGGGGUCGCUUCUGCCCCUCACUGUUUGGGACAGACGGUUUCCUCAGUGCCGGGACGUUUCCGGGCAGGGCAACCAAAAGCGCUGGGGACCAUACAGAUCAUGGUUGGUUUGAUGAUGCUGUUGACAGGAAUCGUGAUGGCUACAGGACCACAAGUAGACAAUAUUGGAGUAAUCAGCGGAAUAUUUGUCUGGGGAUCUAUCAUUUAUGUCAUUGCAGGCUCUCUAACUGUUGCUGCUGACAACAAUUUGAACACAUGUCUGGUAAAAGGCUCCCUUGGAAUGAAUGUUGUCGCCACGGUUAUUGCUCUUACUGGCACCAUUCUGCAUUCUUUGGACAGUGCUGGGAUCUUCUUUUACAACUACUACUGUGACUAUCCAGACUAUCCUUCAUACUACCCUCCAUCCUUUGUCUGCCAACAGUAUUGGAUCAGGUCCCAGGGAAUUGCAGGUGUUUUGCUUGUUUUCUCCAUGCUGGAGUUCAUAGUGUCCAUCUGUGUCUCGUCAUUCGCCUGCAGAGCUGUCUGCCAGUGCUGCCGUUCCAACCCUGAGCAAGUGUUCGUCAUUGGGAAUCAAAUACCGGUACCUCAUGGCUGCAUGACUCCAAGCAACGCACCUUUCCCUCCUCAGAACAACUACGAGAAGCUGAUUUUGAUUAGGAGUAAGGAGCUGAGGGAGAAGGGUGUGUACCGGGUGUUGGACUGGGUGGAGGCAGAGAGGCCCGACAGCAUCAAGGUGUUCUGGAACUGUGUGUUCAGGGAUCACCUCCUGCAGCAGUACCCCACGUUACGCCUGCUACGAAACCGCCUGCUGGACGGGUCGUUCACAUUCUAUGAGAAACUGCCAGAGAAGGUGGAGAAGGAAGAGGAGGAGGAUAAGAAGAAGAAGGCUUCAGCGGAAGGAGGAGAGGAGGAGGAGGAGAAGACAGGAAGGAAAAAGAGGAAACAGAAAAAGAGAAGUGCGAGUGCGGAGGAGGAGCAGCCCAGCACAUCCACCCAGUCCACCCCCAGUCAGAAGAGGAAAGUCCAGAGGCUCAAAUACUGCUCACCUUUCAGGAAGGGGGAGAAAGCUGACAUCUGGACCUGGCCAAUCUACAAGAGCCAGCUCCCAGUCACCUGUGGGGACAAAGAAGGCAUGCUCAACAGGGACAAGCUGGCCAAAGGGGAGAAGUGCAUUGUAGCCCAGGGUCGCUGGUUCACCCCAAGUGGCUUUGAGGAGUUUGGGGGGAAGAAGAGCCGUAAGAACUGGAAGUGCAGUAUCCGCUGUAGAGACACCACUCUGGAAAAACUGAUCCAGGAAGGCCAUUUAACUUCACCAGACUUUAAAAGAAGAAAGAGUGCACAGACCAAGAGAGCACUGUUUCCCUCCAACCAAUCAGCGGGCUCAAUCACAGGAUCUGAGGAGGAUGAUGGUGAGGAGGAAGAAGAAGCUGAGCAGGAAAGAGAGGAAGGAGAGAGAGGAGAGCAGGCAAAUACUGCUGAAGGAGAGAGCAGUUCAGGAGUCAGCCAUGGUGUUGUGAAAAAGUGUGUCUUCAAAGUCACCUGUGGAGCCAUCAAUGGAAUGCUACAUAAGGAUCGGUUUGCAUCAGGGUCGUGUGGAAAGAGCAUCCGUACGGAGCAGUGCUGGAUGACCCCGAUAAAGUUUGUGACGGAGGGGUCAGCUCUGGAAGAUCCCUCCUGGAAGAAAGACAUCCAGUAUGACGGGAAACCACUCAGCGUCCUCAUCGAGAGUAAGCUCUUGCACAUCCACUCUCUCCUGUGUAAGUGCAAGCUGUGCAGCUCCAUGGUCAAAGACCGGCACGAUCAAGAUAACGAUGACGACUGCUUCAUCUGUAGAAGCCAGGGCAGCUUGAUAUGCUGUGAUAAGUGUCCUCGCUCCUUCCAUCAGAGAUGUCAUCUUCCUAAUGUGGAUGACGCUAUGCUGGGGGAUAAUCGUACGUGGAUGUGUACAUUCUGUGUUCUGGGGGCCAGUCAGUUGUGGCGCUACCCCAAACAAAUGACCUACCAGGAAGCCUUGACCUGCCGAAUCUCUGACCACCUACUGGAAUGCCAGUACCUCCUGCUGUGUCUGUACAAAGCGGACGAGGACAACAUCUUUGUGACAGAUCCUUGCAUCAAUGUGAGAAACUACACCAGUGUGAUAAAGACUCCGAUGUGGCUGGGCAGGGUUGUGGAGAAGCUGCAGCAGAAUCUCUACAAAACAGUGCACCACUUUGUGUCUGACGUGAUGUUUAUCUUCACCAACUGUGCCACAUUUAACAGGGAUAAUGCAGAGUUCCGUGAAAUGGGCAAAAGAUUGAAGGAUCUAUUUGAGAGAGAGUUCAAGAGUACAUUCAGCAUCCAACUUCAGCAUCCAGCUGCAUCCAACAGCCAGUAGAGCCUUCAUCAAGUCUGUACUGUUAUCUCACUGUGAGACAACAGGGAAUAUUCACCAUGCCCUGGCCUUUCUAUACAGCCUUCAUACAGACUUGUACACCAAGUUGUACAGAUCUUAUUUUCCAUGCAUGUACAUUAUUUUCCAUCUAGUCCUUUAAUGAAUUAAUUUCAUUCAUUCUACCAGUCAAAAAUGGGUGUGAUAAUAAUUGAAAUAGAAUGAUGGUGAUAACAUUGCAUUUCAUACAGUAAAUGUUGCUUUGCUAACUUUUUAUGCAAAGCCUUAGAAUUCCUUACCUUCCGGGCUUCUUUUACUUCUGGUUAAGCCAUACUAGAUUUAUGCCCAGGGAUUCUGUCAAAAAUAAACUCAUGAAUUUCUAAAACAUU